CUCCCCAGCCGUCGCAGCCGCCUUCCUCCAUCUCCUUCGCGGCCGCCGCUAUCCACUGGCUUCCUUCGCCUCCCUCGCCGUCCUCCACUGUCUUUCUCUACCUUUCCUGCUGGAGCCGCCUUCCUCCGCCUCCUACGCCGCCAGAGCCGCCGCGCCGCCCCAGAGCUCGCCGGAGAAAAAGCAUGAUAUCGCACUGUGACGUUGAAAAGUACGAAUGCUGGCUCAGCUUUUACGGUCCAAAAACAAACAAAUUUUACUUGAAGUUGAAUUGAAGCACAGGAGUCCAUCUCCUCUACAAUACGGACAAUCGCAUCACCGACCACCGCCGGAUUCCAGGCACUUCAUAACAUAAACCCUCCUUUUUGUCUUAAAAAAUCCGAAGGCGGAGGCAGAUCGAGUGCAAACUCUUUCUUAAAUUCAAGAUUAAUUUCCAAACCUGAUAUAUAGAUCCUGCAAACAGAACACGCACGGUCUCCCCUGCCAAAAACCUAACCUUAAUCGCGCGCCGCCGCAGCUUUGCAGCCGCUCGAGCGGGGGGCGAUGGCGACGGAUCUCUCCGCCUCGUCGGCCGCCGUGGCGGCGGCGGCGCCGUCCUACGCGAAAGCGGUGGACGCGUACCGGAAGGCGGUGGCGACGGCGGCCACGGCGACCGCGUACGUCGUGCUGGCGCGCGGCAUGGCGCGGGAGCUCCUCCCCCACGACCUGCGCGCCGCGGCGAGCUGGGCCGCGUCCCUCCUCCGCGCCCGCCUCGAGGCCCCGCGCGCGGAGCGCCGCACCCUCGUCAUCAAGCGCGCCGCGGGGCCGGCGUGCCACGACGGCGACCGCGGCGGGCUCUACGACGAGGUGCGCCAGUACCUCGCCUCCCGGAUCGACCCGCACUCCAUGCGCCGCCUCUGCCUCAGCGGCGGCGUCUCCGGCGCCAGGAGGGUCCUCUCCAUGGAGCACGGCGACUCCAUGACCGACGUCUUCGAGGGCGUCGAGUUCACGUGGGCGUCCGUCGCGGGGGAGGGCCGGAGCGCCGCCCUGUCCGAGUCGCUGGAGCUCAGCUUCGACGCCGAGCACACGGACAAGGCGCUGGGCAGCUACUUCUCCUUCAUCGCGGCGUCGGUGGAGGAGGAGCGCCGCCAGGACCGCGCGCUCAGGAUAUACAUGAACGAGGGGUCGCACUGGCAGGGCAUCAACCACCACCACCCGGCCACGUUCGACACGCUCGCCAUGGAGCCGGAGCUGAAGAGAUCCGUCGUCGCCGACCUCGACCGCUUCCUCAAGCGGAGGGACUACUACCGCCGGAUCGGCAAGGCGUGGAAGCGCGGGUACCUGCUCUACGGCCCGCCCGGCACCGGCAAGUCCAGCCUCGUCGCCGCCAUGGCCAACUACCUCCGCUUCAACCUCUACGACCUCGACCUCUCCGAGGUGCGCGGCAACACGGUGCUGCAGCGGCUGCUCAACACCAUGACCAACAGGUCCAUCCUCGUCAUCGAGGACAUCGACUGCUGCUUCACCUCCGCGUCGCGCGAUGCUGGCAAAGGUCAGGCAGGCGACGCUCUGUCGGAUGAUGAUGAAUCUGAGGAAGAGAGCAUACCAGAUCCCUGGGGCAUGCCACAGCCGCAGCAGCAGCAGCAAAACAUAACUCUGUCCGGGCUGCUCAACUUCAUCGACGGCUUGUGGUCGACGAGCGGCGAGGAGCGCAUCAUCGUCUUCACCACCAACUACAAGGACCGUCUCGAUCCGGCGCUGCUCCGGCCGGGGCGCAUGGACAUGCAUGUCUACAUGGGCUUCUGCGGCUGGGAGGCCUUCAAGACGCUGGCCAAGAACUACUUCCUCGUCGACGACCACCCGCUGUUCCCGGAGAUACAGGCGCUGCUCGCGGCCGUGGAGGUGACGCCGGCCGAGGUGUCGGAGAUGCUGCUGCGCAGCGAGGACGCCGACGCCGCGCUCCAGGGUAUCGCGACCUUCCUCGGAGAGAAGAAAUUGGUGAAGGCAAUUAGCCCAUCAGUCGCAUGAAAGCAUCAAGAACCAGCAAGUUAGCGAAGAAAUUAUCUGAUUUGGGCUGAUCAGUUUUUUUUUUGUAGCAUCAAAUUAUCUGAUGUGUAACUUGCGUCUUUGCUAAUGCUGGUGUCAACAUUUUGUAUGUAGUCACAUUCUGGAGCAUUAUGGACGUGGUACUUUUGGUGAUGGAUUUGUAACGUAAGUUCUGGCCGUUGAGUGCUAUCAAGGUGAUCAAAUGACUAAAUGAGCAUGAUGCUUUCUUUCA